AUGUCCGUUCCUACCCUUAACUACAACAGUUUCAUCCAAGGCACUGCCGAGGAGCGGGUUCAAUUUGCCCGUGACCUUCUAAGCAGUUUUGAGAGAACCGGGUUCGCAAAGCUGAGCAAUCAUACAUUCAGUGAUUCUCAACUACAGGAGUUGUUUCACUGGGGACAACGGUUUUUCAACCAGCCUUUAGAGGCCAAGAACGAGAUUCCCAAUGAACUUGGUCCAAAACCAAUGCGCGGCUACACGCCUUGGAGAGUGGAAGAAGUUGGGAAGCUACAUCACGAUGAGGCUGUCCGUAUGCUCACUGAUUCAAAGGAGCAUUUCGACCAGGGUCCUACUGACGACAAAGAGUUCCCUAACCAAUGGCCCAGUGCUCAUGGCCUAUCCGGUUUUCGCCCUUUCAUGGAAAGCUUCUACGAGCAGUGCAAUGAUGUCUGUCUUACCUUGAUGGCGGCCCUCGAGGUUGCCUGGGGAAUUGACGACGGUUCGCUCGUCGCUCGAUGCAGCCCCAGCGCCACGGAUCUGCGACUCACGCACUAUCCGGAGAUUGAGGUCAAUGAGCUGCAAACGGGGCGCAACACUCGCAUCGCACCGCAUACGGAUUUCGGUCCCGUCACGUUGCUGUUCCAGGAUAGCACGGGAGGUCUGGAAAUUGAGGACCGAUCCAAUACUACGGGCAACCCUUUCGUCCCCCUGCCUCCAACCGACACGACUGAAAUGAUCAUCAACGUGGGCGACACAUUGACCCGCUGGACCAAUGGAAGAAUCACCGGGGGCGUUCAUCAAGUGAGUGUCCCCGAAGCCUUCAAGGAUGAGAGUGGGAUGAUCGUUCCAUCUCGCAUGUCAAUGGCGUAUCUUUUCAAAGCGGCACGCGACACUUCUGUUGGGCCACUGCCCAAAUUCGUCUCCCAAGAUGAACCGGCAAUCUUUCCCGACAUCACUGCUCUUGAGUUUCAGCGAUGGAGAAACAGCAUCGUCUACAACCUCGACAAGAAAGAAGAUGGCGACAAAUUUCAGGGUGUCAAGUCAAAGGCGUCUCCCAUCAUUAAGCCAACGAUCAACGUCCAGGAGGCCCAGGCCGUGACCGCCUAA